AUGCCUUACAUCACUAAACGUGGUGUUGCUGUGCUUGCUGGUUUGAAGGAGCUUGAGGUAAAGAGAAAGGAAAGGUCGCAAGUGAUGUAUGAGCGCAAGAAGCAACUUAACAAACUCAGGACCAAGGCAGAAAAAGUCACCGAAGAGAAGCUCGGAUCACAGCUCAAUGGUCUUGCCCCGGUUAUGUAUUGA